AGCAAGUCAUGGCGGAAGAUCAAGAAUAUGGUGCACUGGUCCCCAUUUGUGAUGUCUUUCAAGAAGAAGUACCCUUGGAUCCAGCUAGCGGGACAUGCAGGUAGUUUCAAGGCAGCGGCCAAUGGCAGGAUACUGAAGAAGCACUGUGAAUCCGAGCAGCGCUGCCUCGACCGCCUGAUGAACGAUGUCCUGAAGCCCUAUGUUCCUGCCUACCAUGGCGACGUUGUGAAGGACGGGGAGCGAUACAACCAGAUGGAAGAUCUGCUGGCUGAAUUCGACUCCCCCUGCGUUAUGGACUGCAAAAUGGGUGUCAGGACGUACUUGGAGGAGGAGCUGAUAAAGGCCCGGAAGAAGCCGAGCCUGAGGAAGGACAUGUACCAGAAGAUGAUUGAGGUGGACCCUGAUGCCCCCACCGAGGAGGAGAACGUGAUGCGGGCAGUAACCAAGCCACGCUACAUGCAGUGGAGGGAGACCAUCAGCUCGACUGCCACGCUGGGCUUCAGGAUUGAGGGGAUAAAGAAAGAGGAUGGCACUGUGAACCGGGACUUCAAGAAGACACGGACAAAGGAACAAGUCACAGAGGCCUUCAGGGAGUUCACCAGAGGAAACCACAAUGUUUUGAACAGUUACCUUAACCGGUUGAAGGGAAUCCGUGCUACGCUGGAGACAUCCCCGUUCUUCAAGUGCCAUGAGGUAAUCGGGAGCUCCCUGCUGUUCAUUCACGACAAGAAGGAGCAGGCCAAAGUCUGGAUGAUUGACUUUGGGAAAACCACCCCACUGCCAGAGGGACAAGUUCUGCAGCACAACGUGCCCUGGGUGGAAGGGAACAGAGAGGAUGGCUACCUCUGGGGGCUGGACAACCUCAUUCAGAUCCUGACAGAGUUGUCCCAGAGCGAAGACUUGCAUUAAAGCCAUGUGUCCGACUCUGCCACUACCCCCAACCUGCCCCCGACUGACUCUUCUGAACUGCACUACAAGACACUUUCCAGCCCUGGCCCUUCCCAUCUGAAAGCUAUACUCUCCCUAUU